AUGUCAGAAAUAGCACAAGAGUUCGAUCCAGAGAAUUAUUCUUUUGUAAUCGGUAUAGAUUUCGGUACAACUUUCUCCGGAUGUUCUUUUGUUUUUACCGGAGAUGGUACAGAAGAAGUAGUUGACAUAACAGACUGGCCGAACCAUGGAAGUCAAUAUUCAAAAGUACCAACUGCCUUACUUUACCAAGACAGCGGCCAUAAUUUGAUAGCCUGGGGAGACGACGCAAUAAACGACCCUGAUCAAUCAGAUAACCCAGAAAGCUUUCUUGUAGAACGGUUCAAAUUAUUCUUGGACAAAAGUGUAGAAAGCAUGCCUGAACUUCCAUUUGACUUGACUGCUAUCCAAGUCAUCACAGACUAUUUAACAGCAUUCUACGAAUACACAAAGACAGUAUUCGAAGAGUCAUUUCCAGACCUCUACGAUCCUUCAAAAUGUAGAUAUUGUCUUACUGUGCCGACUAUAUGGAACGAUAUGGCCAAGGCGAUAAUGCGCAAAGCAGCUAUACAGUCCGGAAUAGUUGAUCCCUACGACCACCCAAAUCGAUUGAUGGUAACUAGUGAAUCAGAAUCGGCAGCACUCUACUGCGAAAAGUCCUUUCCUGGAUUCAAUCUUUCUCAUGGUGAUCAAUGGAUGUUGUGCGAUGCCGGAGGCGGAACUGUUGACUUAGUUGUAUACGCGGUGGAUGAAUCCUCAGGAGAGAGACAAUUGUGCGAAGUAACGAUGGCGUCUGGAAAGUCGUGCGGAUCGACUUUUUUGGAUGCAAAUAUGGAGAUACUAAUCAAAGAAAAAAUUGGGCAUCUUGUUGAACUGAAUGGAUCAAUGAUGCUUCAAUUAAUGCAUCAGUUUAUUGAGGAUAUGAAGCCCCAGUUUGAUAACGAAGAAGAUAUGUUCAUGCCUUUGCCAAGUUCUAUUCUGGAAGUUAUCGAAGACCUUGAUUCUGAGUCUGAAAUUGUAGACGGACAAUUGGUAUUCACAGCUAAUGAGCUUCGGGAACAGGUGUUUGAGCCAGUCGUUCUUCAGGUUAUUGAAUUAAUCGAAGAACAAUUCCAACAAUCGUCAAGCGAAAUCAAGGCCUUGUUUCUAGUAGGAGGUUUUGGACAAUCAAAAUACUUGUUCCAGCGUAUAGAGGAGGUAUUUGGUGACCGUUUAGAGUUUAUUCAUGUACCUCCACGUGGUGAUCUUGCAGUUGCGAGAGGUGCAGUAAUAUACGGACUCAAUCAGCAAAAGGUCACCAAACGAAUCCUUCGCCGAACUUAUGGGAUCUGGUCGGCAAUGAUGUUUGAUCCGGUGCUUGAUUCGCCCGAAGAUCAGAUUGUUGAUGGUGACGGGAUGUCUCUUUGCAAUAAUCGAUUCUUUGCAUUUGCCAAGAUGGGAGACGCAGUUGGAAUAGAUGAGUGCGUGUGCAGUGAAUUCAAAUGGUACAGAAGCGAAAGUCAAUCACUCCGGAUAUACACAUAUGGAAAUUAUGGAGAUGCUCCAAGAUAUAUAGAUGAUCCAGACAUUAAGCUUAUGUGCGCUUUUGACAUUGAUUUCCCACUUGACAUUGAGCGAAAUCAUGAGGAAGGUAUCCCGGCACUUGUAGGAAUAUACUUUGGAUCAACCGAAAUGCGGGUAGAAAUUACAAUCCAUGAUAGUAUGUUCACCUACACGUCUGCUUAUGACUGUCUUGAUAAUUCCUACGAAGUCGGAUACAGCGAAGUUCCUUUGAAAAGAAGUAGUAUGAGCUUAUUAGUAAAUAAGUAUAAGAUGUCGACAACAUAUAUCGAAAAUUUUGCUCGACUUCGAUCGUCGGUUGUACAUAAUUCCAAAAAACCGGUAGCAAACAUUUAA